CUCAUGAAUCUGGCAUGGGCUUAAAGAAUCUGCUGUGUGUUCGACCUCAGACAGAUGUGAUGGAGAAUAAUAACGUGGAGCUCACAGGUUCUCCUGACUCCCGGCCGCACAAACGCGUGAGGAUUUCGGUCCUGGAGGAUCCGGAUGCAGACGAUGACAUGACUCUUCGAGAGAUUGAGGAGUGGGAGGAGCAACAGCUUGACGAGCAGGUGAACUUCAACAACUGCAAGAUUGACCCCGCCCCCUUCCAGCUGGUGGAACGCACUUCACUGCACAAGACUCACACCAUCUUCUCUCUGUUGGGUCUGGAUCACGCUUACGUCACCAGUAUCGGACGACUUAUUGGAGUUGUUUCGCUGAGAGAGCUGCGUAAAGCCAUCGAGGGCUCCAUGACGGUGAAGGGAGUGAAAGUGCGCCCCCCGCUGGCCAGUUUCAGAGACAGCGGGACGAGCGGCACGAGCAGCGAGAGCGAAGCCACUGAACUUCACAAACUGUGGGACCGUCACACCACCAUCACUCUUCCCAGAGAACACCAACCAAACACCUCCGACUCCGACGACAAGUCCCAGUGACUGUUCAGAGACGCAUCCAAAAAAACACCCCAUUCUCCGCUCGCUUUCAGGUCUUCCUGUCUUUACUUCCUGCUCUAGUGUUGGAGAAUCAGGGAGCAUCUAGACUUGUGUAUGUGUGCUUGUACAGUAUGUGUGUUUAUAUGUGAGACAGAUCCUUAUGUUACCUUUCAGGCACUCUUUUCACUUGAGAUAACACGUUACAAUAAGGUUUUUAAAGGGAUA